UGUGUGAAAGGUUCCACAGCUGAAAGUGCGACUCUGCUGCUGGGACCUUUUCUGUGUCUCCUUGUGCUUUUGUUUUAUUUCAUUUAUUUCUGUACUCACUCUAUAGGGUUGUUUUUGUUUUCUGUAAGGAGAUGUGACAUGUUGAGCCAAGAGGCUGAAAACUGCAGCACAGAUUCUAAUAAUAAUAAUAAUAAUAAUAAUAAUAAUAAUAAUAAUAAUAAUAAUAAUAAUAAUAAUAAUAAUAACUGAAAUAGCAAGAAGAAGAAAUAAUUUUGUAAAGACAAGAGGGUGAAAAUCCUGAGCUUGGAGCAGUCUGAGAUCAGCCCUCAAAGGAGAAUGUGAAUUUCCUUAAGAAAGCCGAAAUGCACCCAGAUGCCUUGCAGGCUGCUGCCCGGGUUGAGGCUUUGCCCCUGUCCUGCCCGGAGACCCAGGCAGACCUAGAGGAGUACGAUCUGGACUACAGGACAAAAAGACAAGGGAGAUACCAUCAGAGUUUGCAGUUACUGAAGCCUUUCAGGAUCACAAACAAGCAUCAGCACCCUGUGGAUAAUGCUGGCCUUUUCUCCUUCAUGACCCUGCACUGGCUCUCUCCACUGGCAUGGAAAGCGUUCAAAGCUUCGUGCCUCUUGAUGGAGGAUGUGUGGGGCCUGUCCUGCCACGAAGCCUCCGAAUCCAAUUUUCACAGGUUGCAGGCUCUGUGGGAUGCCGAGCUGAAGAAAAAAGGCAGAGAUGGAGCGUCUCUCUUCAGAGUUUUCUGGAGGUUCUGUAAGACACGCUUUCUGGUGGCUUUGCUCUUUCUCUUUAUAUACACAGUGACCACCUUCAUUGGACCUGCUCUGCUGGUCCGAGCGUUGCUGGAGUAUGCUCAGAGUUCAGAGGUGUGGCUUCCAUAUGGUCUGGCUUUGGUUGGAGGUAUAUUUCUCACUGAGUUGUUUCGCUCUUGGACUAUCGCUUUCAUGUGGGCUAUUAAUUACCGCACAGCUUCACGCCUGCGGGGGGCAGCUCUCAUGUUUGCCUUUGAUAAAAUCCUUCGUCUGCGCAGCACUAAAGAAAUCAGCACAGGAGAGCUGAUAAACAUUUGCUCCAAUGACGGCCAGCGGUUAUAUGAUGCUUUAACACUGGGUUGCCUGCUGGGUGGAGGACCUCUGAUGGGACUUCUCGCCCUGGGCUACAACAUCUACUUCCUGGGACCAACUGCAAUUGUUGGCUCUAUCAUAUUUAUUAUCUUCUAUCCAUUAAUGAUGCUGGCCUCGCGGCUGACAGCCCACUUCCGUAAGAAAUGUUUGGUAGUCACGGACCGGCGCAUCAGGCUGAUGAAUGAGAUACUCAACAGCAUCAAGUUCAUUAAGAUGAACUGCUGGGAAACAGCUUUCACCAGGAAUGUCCAGAAGGUUCGAGCAGAGGAGAGGAAAAUAUUGGAAAAAGCCAGUUUAGUCCACAGUCUCACCACUGGCGUAGCUCCAAUCAUUGUUGUGGUUGCCAGUGUGUGUACGUUCACUCUACACAUGGCCCUGGGCAAUGAUCUCACUGCAGCACAGGCCUUCACUGUUGUAGCUGUCUUCAACUCUAUGACUUUUGCCCUAAAGGUUACACCCUUGGCAGUGCGUGCUUUAUCAGAGGCCGCUGUUGCUGUUAAAAGAUUUCAGGGACUCUUAAUGAUGGAGGAUCAGGAGGUCAUAUUAGGCAAAAUAGAGGAUCCUGAGAAGGCUGUGGAGUUCAGAGAUGCCACACUAGCAUGGAAUAAAGCUCAGCCCAAGCCAACAAAAAGUGUAAAGCAACAGCCAGGCCAGAAAAGACGAGGCAUGCGUCGAGUGCUCCGGAGGGAAAAGCUGAGUCUUUAUAUUAACUCAGAGGAUGAGAAAGCGAAAGGCCAGGAGCCCAAUGCCGAGCGCCUCCUCACAACCAUGGAGCAGGAGAGCCCACAGAGCACCAUCUCCUCCACCCAGAGUGUGCGUCCACCGCUACACAAAACCCUGCACCGCAUCCAACUUUCAGUCCGCAAGGGUUCACUGGUAGGAGUGUGUGGAGCUGUGGGCAGUGGGAAGAGCUCGAUGCUGUCUGCUCUCCUGGGACAGAUGACCUUACUUGGAGGAUCGGUCGCUGCAAACGGGGGCUUUGCUUACGCCGCUCAACAGGCUUGGAUCCUCAACAGUUCCCUGAGGGAGAACAUUUUGUUUGGGAAAGAUUAUGUGGAGGAAAAGUAUAAUGCUGUUCUGGAGGCCUGCUGUUUAAUUCCUGAUAUCAGUGAGCUACCUUACGGCGAUAUGACUGAGAUUGGAGAAAGAGGAGCCAAUCUGAGCGGUGGUCAAAGGCAGAGAGUGAGUCUCGCCCGGGCACUUUACAGCGACAGACCCAUCCUGCUGCUAGACGAUCCUCUCAGUGCCGUGGACGCUCAUGUUGCUUACCAUCUCUUCCAAAAUGCCAUUCGCAGUGCAGCUGGGGAAAAGACUGUCAUAUUUGUUACACACCAACUGCAGUACCUGGUGGAGUGUGAUGAGGUUGUGUUGAUGAAGGACGGGCAGAUUGCGGAGCAAGGCACGCAUGGGCAGCUGCUGGCUCGAGGUCGUGACUACGCCAUGCUUAUCACCAGUGUACAGCAGGAGAACCUGGUGAGUAAAAACUUGAAAAACCAGCAGGGGGGAGAGGAGAAGGACUCGAAUGUGCUGUGCGCUUCUGUCAUCAGUAUGGCAGCAAAGCAGCCCACUGAGAGUACGAGAGGCGACCAGCUCAUGCAGGUUGAGGAGAAAGGCCAUGGAGCGGUCACCUGGGCCGUCUACUCCGCUUACAUCAAGGCUGCUGGAGGACCCCUGGUCUUCGUUAUCAAUAUCCUGUUCUUCCUCUUCACCACAGGCAGCAUAGCCUUCAGUGACUGGUGGCUCAGUCACUGGAUCAAGCAGGGCAGUGGGAAUUUAACAGUAUUACAUGGGAACGAGAGUGUGGUGAGCAAUAGCAUGAGACUCAACCCUCACAUUCAGUAUUACUCCAGCAUCUAUGCCCUGUCCAUGGGAAUGGCGCUCUUCUUCAAGAGCAUGCGGGGCGUCGUGCUCAUCAAGUGUACCUUACGGGCAGCCUCGGCUCUACACGAUAAGCUGUUUAAGACUCUCCUCCUCAGCCCAAUGCGUUUCUUUGAUACGACUCCCUUAGGACGCAUCCUGAAUCGCUUCUCCAAAGACAUGGAUGAAGUGGAUGUACGCCUGGCCGUUCAUGUGGAGCUGCUGCUACAAAACAUAACAUUGAUGCUAUUCUGUCUAGGAGUGGUGUCCGCCGUUUUCCCUUGGUUCCUGUUCGCCAUCAUCCCUCUUGCAGCCUUCUUCUACUUCAUCAGUCGGAUCUCCAGUGUGCUGAUUCGUGAGCUGAAAAGGCUGGAGAACAUCAGCCAAUCGCCUUUCACCUCUCACCUUACCAGCAGUCUGCAGGGUCUGUCCACUAUCCAUGCCUAUAGCAGGGGACCAGACUUCCUUCGCAGAUAUCAAGAGCUGUUAGACACUAACCAAGCUCCCUACUACCUGUUCAGCUGUGCCAUUCGCUGGCUUGCGGUGCGUUUGGACCUCAUCAGCAUUAUACUCACUACCGUUGUGGCACUGCUGAUUGUUGUCAUGCAGGGACAUAUCUCUCCGGCGUAUUCCGGGCUGGCCAUCUCCUAUGCUGUGCAGCUAACAGGCCUGUUUCAGUUCACCAUUAGACUUCUAGCUGAAGUUGAGGCUCGAUUUAUAUCAGUGGAGAGGAUCGAUCAUUACAUCAAGAAUCUGGAGACAGAAACAACUCAGCAGAUCAAGGAUGCUUCUGCUCCUGCAUCCGAUUGGCCACAGAAAGGUAGAAUCAGAUUCCAGGACGUGGAGAUGCGUUAUCGGCCCGAAUUACCCCUGGUGCUAAAGAACAUCACUUUCGACGUUCUCCCAGAGGAGAAACUGGGCGUUGUCGGCCGGACUGGCUCAGGUAAAUCUUCACUUGGCGUAGCACUCUUCAGACUGGUGGAGCUCAGCGGGGGAUCCAUCAUCAUCGAUGGUGUCAACAUCGCUCACAUAGGCUUGGAAGCCUUGAGAAGCAAGCUGUCAGUCAUCCCCCAAGAGCCUGUUCUCUUCCUUGGUACUGUCAGGUCAAAUCUAGACCCUUGGGGCCAGUACACGGACGUGCAGGUCUGGGACGCACUGGAGAGAACACACAUCAAAGAGAUGGUAAGCCAGUUACCUCACGGUUUUGACUCCGAGGUAACCGAGAACGGAGAGAACUUCUCAGUGGGGGAGAGGCAGCUACUGUGUGUGGCAAGAGCACUGCUGAGACACAGCAAGAUUUUGGUUUUAGAUGAAGCAACAGCAGCCAUCGACACAGAGACAGACCGGCUGAUUCAGGAGACGAUCCGAACCUCUUUCAUAGGCUGCACCACGAUGGUCAUCGCUCACCGCCUCAAUACUGUCCUCACCUGUGACAGAGUUCUUGUACUAGACCAGGGUCAGGUCAGUGUCUUGGAGUUUGACAGCCCAUCAAAUCUGCUGGCAAACGAGAGCUCAUAUUUCCAUGCCAUGGUGGAGGCGAACAGGACUGUCAGCCAGUCGGAGAGAAUCUAAGCAGAUGCUGGACACGCUGCUGGGCACAAGACUGAGUUCUCUGCCAAACCUCACCUCAUAGCAUGAAGUCGAUGGACAAGAGGAUUGUCUGGUGGUUAGAUCAGUGGGCAUGUUAGUGUUCAGUGUUGCCCGGCAUUUUCCUGCAUUGAGCAGUGUAUUUUCAGCUCAAAUGUGGCUCAGAAAAUGAUUGAUUAUUGUUAUUAGAGUGCUGUAACGGAAGCUUGUCUGAAAAAUACCAGCCUAUUCGUAAUGAACAUAGUGAUUGUUUGAGAUGUUCACAUGGUCAUAUAUAUAUAAAAUCAGCUCAAUAAUAGCUUAGACUUGCAGUAAGUGGGAUUAAUGUUGUUGUUUUUUUUGUUGUUGUUUUUUUUGAGAGAAGUUCUAUUUUUAAAAUGUGUGAGAAAUGAGAACAAUUUUAAUUCUGAACAUUUCUGCCGCAUACAUAACAGCAACUUCUUCAAAUAAGGUGUUUAGGAUGCAGGCAGAAGCAAAUUUUGCACAAGUACAAACAAUUUUUUUUUCAGUAUUAAUGAGCAACAAACUUUUAAGUACUUGGGACAUUUGCAAUAGCACAAAAGCUGCAAAAAUGCACAAGAUGACAUGCAGAAUGUGAAGUAACCAAAGAAAAUAAUGAACAAAAAAACAAAACACGGGUCAGUCAUUCCAUUGAAGUCAAAACUACAAAGCAGAAACAGGUCUCUGAUGGUUUAGUUCUUGCUCAUAAUCUGCUUCAUGUUGUGCCUAAUGCGUUGUGCGGUCAGGGUCUGUGUUUCGGAGAUGGAACGCUGCAGCUGGUAUUUUAGUUAUAGCUUUCUCGAGUGCUUUGAGAUUCUUAGUGCUGUCCUCGUUUUCAGCUCUGUUCUAUCGUUGUUCUCAAAUGCGAUUGACGUUUAAAUGAGUCAGUCCUUUCAGGAUGAACGGGGUCUGAAGGGGCUUUCAAGGGAAGCUCUAAUGACUCCUGGAUAAUAAAUAAAUAAAUAAAUAAAUAAAUAAAUAAAUAAAUAAAUAAAUAAUACAGAUCCAUCUGACAUCUGCAAAGUGCACAAAAAAAAAAAAACAUAAUUAGAAAACAUGUUUUAUAUACGAAAUCUCAAUAGCCCCAUUAGAGUCGUUCUAUAAAACGCAGAUUAUAAAGCAAAAACAUCGCAUGUGUUUAUCAGCUGGUGGCUAAAAUCACACACCAAUAAAUAGAAUCCAUGCAAGAGGCCAUUUUUCUCUUUGCUGUGCUCCGAUAUUCAGAUAUUCCUAUGGGAGAGACUGAAUGAUUAAUUACACUGAGAACAAAAGCUAUGUGUAUGAUGGUUGUUUAUCUAAAUUAGACGAAGUUGUUGUCUGUUGAACUGAAAUGUUCUUGUUGGGUUGUUUUUUUACACAUUUGUCAUAAAAAUGCUGUUUUGAUUAAAUGUGUUUUCCUACAAUAAAUCACCUAUUUUUAUUACCUGUA